UCCUCCAUCCGUCGAUUCUCUCUCUCCCUUACUACUCUAAACCCCCAAAUUGAGAACCCAAGAACAGCAACGCCCGCUCUUCCGUCUCCGGCGACCGACGAGCUUCGCCGUCCUCCGCGUCACCAUCCCGUCUCCCUUCUCUACCGCUUCCCUUUCACUCCAUUUUCUCCAAAUUUCUGAAUUAGAGAUCCUAAAAUUGAACGAGAAUAGCGGCGGUUCCAAUCUACUCCCAUCUCUCUCGCACCCUCAUCUCCGGCGAUUUCUCCAUCCUCUGCGUCGCCGUCUCCACCGUUUCCUCCUCACUCCACUUCUCCAAGUUCCCCCAAAUUUCCAAAUCCCUAAAUUGAAAGACAUAGCAGCGGCGGCACUCUCCCCUUCUCACCGGCGAAAUCGCUGUCGUCCUUGCGCCGUCGAAGGGCAAAUUCGAAGGGAUGAACAACCACCGUAUGACUCCGGAAGCAGCGGCGCAAUUCGGUGAUGGAAUUCAAAUGGUUCUUUCUCGGUGGGCUGCACUGCGGAUGGCCAUCGAAAACGGGUGGGGUGGCCGCGACUCUCUCCAGAAAUCGCAGCAACUCGGCCACAAUCUCUUCAAUUUCCUCACUCAAUCGAAAGAUCAAGUGUAUAUUGAUGAUGUAGAGGAUAUACUUUAUGAAUUCAUGGACUCUCUCAAUACUGACAUUCAGGACGGCAGUGUUGAGGAGGUUGCAGAAAAAUUUAUGGUAAUGCGUGAAGAAUGUUUAGAAGAUCAGUUUGACUCGAUAAAGAAGCUGCGAGAAACAAAUGUUCCAAGUGUUUCGUAUACCAGACAGCCCAACAGCGAUGAUGAGGAAGACAGUGAUGAAGAUGAUGCAAUUAUAGAGAACAAUAUGUCAGCAAUGGAAGUUGAUGCUCCACAACCACAGCGCCAAUUGGAUCACAAUCUGACUGAUAUUGUGGCUGAUGAAAGUAGCUCGAAAGAUGCUCCUCAAGCUGUGGAUGGAUGGACUGUUGUUUCAAAAAAGAGUAAAGGGAGAAAGAAGUGAUGGAUUGAUUACAUUGGCUCGAGCCACUUUAGGUAGGAAUAUUUGAGUAUAUGUAAGGACAACAUUUUUUGUUUGUAUUCUUCUUAAGUUUUGUUGAGUGUUUCAGGAUAUUUUUUGUUCAAACCCUCUAAAGUUAUCUUAUGUUUCAGGAUAUUUUUUGUUCAA